AUGGAAAACUCGGAAAUACUGACAAUUGAGGUGACUCUGAAAGGAGAUGAGUCUUCUUCUAGUCGUUCAGAAUGUACUCCCAGUGUCCCUCCGCGACCAAGGCCAAAACAAGAGCGCAAUAAACUGGUAGAAACUACACAGGCUUCAAUUUCAGGUGCCCAGAAUCAAAGCGUACACACUUUUAUUUCAAUUGAAAUAGAUGAGGAAACACAUGGUAAUGCUACAUCAAAGGAUAGUAAAUCACAGUCCUUAGAAGAAGGUACUCAAUUUGAGCAAGACGCUGAAAGCGUUGGACCUAUGACAGAAAAACACGAUAUUGUUUCAUCUGACCCAACUACCGUUGAUUCUGACAAGGAAAGUGAAGUGACACUGUCAUUGAAUCUCCAAAAAACAAAUGAUCUGGAAGGAGCAGAUGGAGAGAAAACUCCUGGAAAUUCGAGUACUAAGGCUACAUUCAAAGACGAAAUCGAUGAAGAUGGCUUCUUAGAAGCAGACAACUCAAGCUUCAAUGACGACUUGGAAACAGUGCAAGAAGGUGGAGAAAUAAUUGACAAUGUUGUUAAUGAACUGGUAAGUACGGACGCCGAGAUAGAUCCUUCUCCUUCUACUCAGGAUGAUAUUCGAGAUUCGCAAAAGUUUCCAAGAGAAGAUAAGAGUUUGGAAAGUGACGUUGUGCAAGAUGGGGAUGUAACUGUCCAAAUAGUUGAAAACCCGUUUGAGAAGGAUUCCCUAGAACAUGCUGCUGCUGCUGCUGCUUCACCGAUUGCUGAACCUGAAACUAGUACUACUACUCUAAUGAAUAAGAGAGUUCCGUUUAUACCAGCUCGUCCCAAAAAGAAAGCAUCAUCACAGAACCAGGAAACUGUUCAAGACGAAAGAAGUACACUUGUUACUACGAAACCAAGUCUGGAUUCAGGGGAUGAGCAUCGAGAUGCGACAGAGGUAGUUGAGAAAGAAAGCAAGUCUGGUAUGUCAAAGCUUGAGGACGGCAAAAAGUCAAAAAGUGAGAGCACUCGAGAUCCAUUGUUGCCUACAGCUGUUAAGGAAGGUAUCAGUAGAACUAGCAGUAAUUUAAGUAGGGGAAACCAUGAGUAUGUUAAACCUGAACCCGAACCUGAACCUGAACCUGAACCUAAACCUAAACCUGAACCUGAACCCGAACCUGAACCUAAACCUGAACCCGAACCCGAAACCAUAACACCUUCUAUUCCCGCUCGUCCCAUCAAGGAUGGAGCAGUGAAAGAGAAACCAAGAGCACCACCUCCUAAACCCAAAAAGUUGUCAAGUAAGAUUGCAGCUUUCCAGCAGCAAUUAUUUAAUUCUGCUAAUGAUAUGAGCCAUGAAAACGAAUCUUCCAAGACUUUCAAUAGCUCUGAUUCGAAAGUCACCGGAAACAUAAUACACAGUGCAAAAUUUCAAGGUAGAGGAAUACCAUUACCGGGUAUGUUCACUCCGGGGUCUGCUCCUCUCCGCAAUCUAGACGUAAUUAGUAACGAUAGUGUUGAUUCCAUUCCUCUUAAUUCGAGAAGAAUUAAAGGACCAAGAGGUAAGAAGUUACCCAGAGCAGUUACCGAGACGAAAGUUCUGCAAAAUAGACAUCGCGAACCGGAACUGGGAAAUUUGUGGAAUUUUAAACUUUUUUUGAAUACUAAAGAGGAAAAGCCAAAUAAGGAAAUAAAUUUAGAGUGUAACGACGACAUAGGCGUGGAUUCAGGUAUAGAGGAAUCGAAAUCGAAUAAUGCUGAAAGCAAGCUUUCGGUGGAAGAAAACCAUUAUAUAGCAGAAUUGAAAGAGGAAGAAAUUGACACAGUUAUCCGUGAAGAUGAUUCGGGAUUACAGGAAGCCAGUCCACGAUAUGAUCCAGUAGACGUGAUACUGGAUCCCCUCUUUCAUGACAACAACAAUAACAACGACAACGAUGACGACGAUGAUGAUGCCGAUGACGACGACAAAAGUGAUGAUCAUGAUAAUGAUCUUGAUCUAGACAUAGACCCUAUGACUGAUUUCCUGAAGCAAGAGAAGAUCAAUGAGGGGUCAGGAAAAGAAACGAACCUCGAUUGA